GCUGAUCCGCGGGUGGGUGUAGACGCGCAGUAGGCGCGCCCGUGCCCGCUCCCCUCCGCGCGCCUCGCCAGCCCCGCCGCCUCUCCGGCUGCGGAGGAGCGGGGCUCAGUCCCCUGCCGCGCGCCAGUCCCCGCGGUCCCGGCCGGCCGGGCACUCGCAGCAGCGCUCGGGUCGGCGGGCGCUCGCCCUAGUUCACCAUGCACUGCCACGCCGAGCUGAGACUGGGCUCGCCCGGCCAGCUCAAAGCAGCCAGGCGGCGCUACAAGACUUUCAUGAUCGACGAGAUCCUCUCCAAGGAGACCUGCGACUACUUUGAGAAACUUUCCCUGUACUCCGUGUGCCCGUCGCUGGUCGUGCGACCCAAGCCCCUGCAUUCCUGUACCGGCUCCUCUUCCCUUCGGGCGUACCCUCUCCUCUCGGUGAUCACCCGACAGCCCACGGUCAUCUCCCACUUGAUCCCUACCACCCCAGGAAUUGCCCCCGUGUUGUCCCGCCACCCUGCUACUGAGGCUGCCUCUGCUGAGGUCCCAGGUGGCGAGGCGUUAGCCAGCAGUGAGUCAGAGGCCGAGCAGCCCACACCCCGGCAGAAGAAGCCCCGCCGGAGUCGUACCAUCUUCACCGAGCUGCAGCUCAUGGGCCUGGAGAAGAAAUUCCAGAAGCAGAAGUACUUGUCCACGCCAGACAGGUUGGACUUGGCCCAGUCUCUGGGACUCACUCAGCUGCAGGUGAAGACUUGGUACCAGAAUCGCAGGAUGAAAUGGAAGAAAAUGGUCCUUAAAGGUGGACAGGAGGCACCCACGAAGCCCAAGGGUCGUCCCAAGAAGAACUCUAUCCCCACAUCAGAAGAGAUUGAAGCUGAAGAAAAAAUGAACAGCCAGGCUCAGAUCCAGGAGCGGCUGGAGCCCUUGCAGGGACAGGAGGAACCCUGUGAUGCUCAGGAACCCAAAGCAUGCCAUGUCCCCUUGGAGGUGGCAGAGCCACCAGGCCAGCCCCAGGAGUUGACAAUAGCCUCUUCUGAACCCCCACCAUUAAGCUAAAGUAAAAAUGUGGGGGGAAAGGGGAGACUGGGAAGAAGGGAAAAGAGA